AUGUCCAAUGAUGAUACUCGGAAGGAGAUCAAGGUCCUCAUCGCCGGUGCAGGUAUUGCGGGACUCUCCACGGCCAUUGCCCUUGGUCGCCUCGCCACCGACACGCCCGGCCUGCAUUUCGACGUCCAGCUGUACGACAAGGCCACGGAGUUGAGGGAGAUAGGAGCCAGUAUCGCCCUGAGCCCCAACGGUCUGCGGACGUUGGAGCGCCUGGGUGUGGACGACGCCCUCGCGGACGACGUCAGUUACCGGGGCCCCGCCGCCUUGCCCAUGAUCUACCACCACUGGAAGACCAACGAGGUGGUGAGCGCCGACCGGUUCGUGGACGUGCCGGACCGCAAACACCAGACGGCGCGUUUCCACAGGGGUCAUUUGCACUCCACCCUUCUCGGUCACGUACCGCGAGAGACCAUCCACCUACGCAAGGCCGUCGAAUCCGUCGUCGUCCGUGACGACGAUGCCGCAAACGGUGUGGGAGGCGGCGGCGGCGGUGGCGGUGGCACUGUGACGCUACUCUUCCAGGACGGUACGAGUGCGACCGGAGACGUACUCAUCGGUGCCGACGGUCUGAGGUCCAAGGUCCGGAGGACGUUUGUACCGGGGCACACGCUACACCACACGGGUCGCACCUGGAUCCGGUCGACGUUCGACGCUUCCCUGAUCAGAGACAUCCCCAAUUUGCCAGCUGACUCUGCACACUGGUGGGGUCCGAGGUACACCUUCUUCGCCUCCCGGUUGGGAAGGAACAUGUACACGACCGUCGGCAAUUAUGAUCCCGAGGAUUUGCCCGGACGACGAGGCCACGGAGAGUUUCGAUGGGACCAAGAAGGCGACGUGAACUUCUUCAGGGACUUGUACGCCGACUGGAACCCAGUGGUGAAGGCGCUCGCCGAUGCCACCCCUCACGUCCGCAUGUAUCCCAACCUAGCCGGAGAGCCGUUGGAGUCUUGGGUUUUCGAAAAGCGGGUGACGCUGGUGGGCGACGCCGCUCACACCCACGGAGGCGCCCACGCCGCGGGAGGGUCUCUGGCUUUGGACGACGCGUGGGCGUUGUAUCUCAGCCUCAAACACGUUUUGAGCUCGAGCACGAUCGACGACGACGACGACGACGAGUCAGACAAAACGUUUGGAAGCGAGGAAUUCGAGCGUGCAUUCACCCUCUACGAAAAUACCCGAAGGCCUCACACGACGCGUCUCGUGGAGAGUGUCCUGGCGACCAAGGCGGCGGCCGUCGUGCCUAGUACCGACGAGGAGUUGAGAGAGAAAAUGAACAACAGACCGAACAUGACUUGGCUGACGGAACACGAUGUCGAAGCCACGUUUGCAAAAGUCCUCGAGAAUGAAAUGGGUAACAAUGUCGUCGAGGAUGACGAUGCGAGACAAGUCGAAAGAGAAAGCGUGAUAUUCGAUAUCAGAGAGGCUACCACCAUCAUGGGCAUUCCCGGAUCGGAGUCGGUACUAGAUACAACGACAGAAUCAGCUGUGAUGGUGAAAUGA